CAGAAUAAUUUCUCUCGUAGAAAAUGCAUGGUAAUGGAAGGAAGUUGUUCGACGAAAAAGAGCCACAAGGAGUGGCGUAGAAUAGCGAAAAAGGAGCGUCGAAGACGCCUGCGUCGUAAAGUGGCCGCUCAACGAGAACUGGACGAGAAACAACUGAGGGCAGCACUUGAGAAAAGCGCGGAAUAUUUGAAGUGGCUUGAACAGUGUGAAGUUGAGGAGAGAGAAAAAGAAGCUCAGGAAAAAGAAGAGAACAAUCAACGAGAAAGAUUAUGGUUGGAGGAAGAAGAAAAGGCCCAAGAAGAAUGGCAAAUUUUGCAGGAGAAAAAGCAAAAAGCUCGACAGUUACAACUCGAACAGGAAGCGAAAAUCCGACAAGAAUUUGAAGUGAAACAAGAAAUAAUUCGCAAAAAACAAGAAGAAGAGAAACGUAGAAGGGAAGAGGACAUUAGAAGACGAGAACAGCUACUGAAAGAGAUUGACGACUAUAUCGAUAGUGGAAUCAAAACUCCGGAAGCUUUGCGUGAAGUUAUCGAUAGCCAACCGGGUAAAGAACUUUGUCCCUUUUUUACAAAGACAGGUGCUUGUAGAUACGGUGAUACUUGUUCGAGAAAUCAUCGCAGGGUAUGUUUAAGUAAAGUGAUACUAGUACCUGGUUUUUAUACACAUUUUUCCUUGGAGAAAAAUUCAGCCGAGUAUGACACAGAUAUCGCUCUCGAAUUUGAAAGUUCGGAAACUCGACAACAUUUUCGUGAAUUUUACAAGGAUGUCGUUCCGGAAUUGGAGUCAUUUGGACGAAUAAAAACUUUGAAAUACUGUUGUAAUACCGAAGUUCACUUACGGGGAAAUCUAUAUGUCGAAUAUUACGCUGAAAGAGAUGCUGCCAGGGCUUUGAGAAGAUUAAAAGGUCGAUGGUAUGCUGGUCGGCAACUCAAUUGCGAGUUUGUUAAUUUGAAAUCAUGGAGAAGUGCUGUAUGCGGAAUGUCAAAAUGUCCGAAAGGGAGGGCGUGCAAUUUCUUACACACUUUUAAAAAUCCGCACGACGAGUACGAUAUUAAAAGUCCACCGAGAUGGGCGAAACAACUAUCUUCGUCCAUUCAAGAAGUUACGAUUACUAAAAAAGUUGAACAUAGAAGUAAAUCAAAGUGGGAGGAUAUUAGUGACGUAGAGGAUAGUAAGAAUUGGAGAUGGUCCGAAUCUCCCGAACCCGAGAUAGACCACCGUUCAAGAAAUAUUGAAAAACGCCGUCAUCAUUCCAGUGAGAGGGAUCCUCGACAAAAAUUGACGCGCGAUAAACGGUACGAGCAAUCUGAUAGAAAUAAAACUAUCGAAAACGACGAAACGCCGAUCAAACGUCAUCGGCCAAGUUCCAGAAAACAUUUCGAAGAAAAGAUUAAAGAUGAUGAUAUUUUGAAUGGUCGUGAGUUCUCUAGGAAAAGAUCGAAAAAUUACCCAAGAAAAAGGGAAGAGGAUAACAAUUACGAUAUAUCACCAAAACAUUCUCGUAAAAGGUAUUCGAGAAGUAGUGAUCGAAGUUAUCGUUCGAAGCUUCAUAAAUUUUCAUGCAAAUAUUCUAAAAAAGAAAAAGAGGAUGUCGAGAAAGGUAGAUAUAAAUUAAAAAAUCAUAACGAACUGUGCGAAGAUUCUUCGAAAAGAAAGUGUAGGAACACACCCGAAAAAUCGAAUACCGAAGAAACUGUCGAUGCAACAAAUUUAUCUCGAAUAAAAUCUAAAUGGGAUAAAGAAAAUUCAGAACAAAUUGAUUCUGACAGUACGCGAUCUUCUGAUUCUGAUUUUUCUGGUACCAUCGAAGAUAAAAGUAUCGAAACAUCAGAAACGUCACGUGAAUUUUAUAAAAAACUGACCGACGAUGAGUGGGCUACGACAGAUUCUGAAAGCGAAUCAAAAGUCAAGAAAUAA